CUGAGCUGUGCUGGACCAUCGAUCACUAGAAAAAAUUAUCGAGAGCAACCUCAAACAUGGCCGACUCGUUCACCCAACCGCUCUCAUUGCCAAAGCCCCACUCCGGCCCAACCUCAGUGACUAAUGUCGCCGUCCAGCCUCUCCCAUUGGCUGCCAUACUCGACCAUCAUCUCCGUAGACCUGACCAUCAGGACCGAGUCUUUGGCACCUUACUCGGUGUAAGGAAUACUGAGACCGGUGAAGUUGAGGUUCGUAGUAGUUUUGGUGUCCCAUACGCUGCGACCGGUCGGGAUGUCGCCGUUGAUUCUGAUCAUCAUAGGACAUUGCUCGAGUUGCACCAUCGAGUCAGCCCGAAGGAAGUCGUUGUGGGAUGGUAUGCUACAUCGCCGAUCCUCAACUCAUUCUCCUCCCUGAUUCAAGAUUUCUAUAACCUCGAAGCAAUCCCAUUACCCGCGGUCCACUUGACCCUCGACCCAGUCACGUUGACCUUCAAGACCUUCGUCUCCUCGCCGAUCGGACUGUCGACUCUUCAAACCUUGAACCUGCUCUUCAAGCCGAUCCCAUGCUCCUUAUCGAUACCCACCCCUGAACGAACGACGAUGGAACUGCUCACCAAACCGAUCCUUGAUUCCACCGCUGCCAACCAAAACAUCGAGAGCGACCUUAAAAACCAACAACAGAAGAUCAUGGCUCAGCUCAAGGAACCUCUCAAGACCGAUCUCCCAAUGCAACAUCUCCAUCAGCUGCUUACUAAGCUCAAGAACAUGCUCGACCAAGUCUAUGAAUACGUCGAGAAGGUCAACAAGGGCCAAAUCAAAGGUAACAAUCAGGUCGGAAGGCUUUUACUGGACACCAUGGGCUCCUUACCGCUUGGCCUGCUACGAUCUCAAACUGGAUCGGCCAGCAAAGGCGGUGAUGUUCAUUCACAAUUUGAGGAUGAUUUCCAAUCGCACAUCGCAGAUGUAUUGAUGGUAUCUUAUGUUGCUGCUUUAGUUAGAGACCAAGUUGAGAUUUCGUCUAGAUUAAACUUACUCGUAUCUUGAUCUCACCAUCAACAAAAAACAAAGGAAAUCAUGAAAUAUCAAUCUCAGCUGCCUUGCCUCAUAUAUACUUUCUAGUCCUAUACUUUCUAGUCCUAAGGAACAAAAAAAAAAAAGAAAACUAUGCAUAGAAGAAAGAAAACAGUAGUUGAUCAAUCCCAAUGAGUGAUGGGAAAUUACUACUAUCUUCCAUAGAACCCAACACAUUCUCUCUCUUUCUCCUUCUCUGUUCUCCUUUUUUUUCUUUUUCUUUCUCUCUGUCUUUCUGUCUUCAAACACAUCACAUUUGUGGGUCAGUUUGAUUGUCAUUUGUUUGAUAAGGGCUUCAUUUUCCUUGAAUAAAGAAGAAGAAAAAAAAAUCAACCAAUAGAUGAAAACAAAUUUCUUAUUUUGGUCAGAUUGGAAGGUCUAUAUGAUAACAAUUGUGACCACACACCCACCUGCCCUUUUUUCCCAGAAAUAAGAGAUGCAGAACCACAUGAU